ACCGAGGACGCCAAAUACCAGUGACUACGAGUAGUCUUUAUUUUAUCGCAACGUGACGUGACGGGACAAUACGCGACAAUAUGCGCCGACGCCGUGGCGUCCAGCGUUUACGCGCGCGUGGAUAAAGGCGCGCGUAGAAUCGAACGUCUUGAAGUUGUCCGCCAGCGGUUGGGUAAAAGGAGUGCGCGUGUAGUGGAUAAAGGCGCGUUUGCAGAAUCGGAUGACGCCAAGUUAGUUGCGUGCCAGUCGAUCGGGUAAUAGGAAAGCGUGCGGAAGAAAUGUGAAACGCGCUCGUGCGUGACGAAAACUCGACGCGGAGAUUGUCAGCGAGAAAGGUGUGUGACCCGUGCGACACUGAUCUACACAUACACACACAGAAUGUCUGGUCUGGAAAUGACAAUAAGGUCUGCGGAAAGAACGCGCGAUCCGCAACAGUGGGCGGACGACGCGCAAGUCGAUAGAUCGCUCUAUCUGCUCUUCGAAGAUAUAUCGUACAGCGUACAGAAAAGGAUCUUAUCAAAGGAGAGGAAAACAUUGUUAAACGACCUUAAUGGCGACUUUCGACCGGGCGAACUCACAGCUAUUAUGGGUCUUUCAGGCGCUGGAAAAUCUACAUUAAUGGAUAUCCUAGCAGGUUUUACAACAACCUCAGUUACUGGUAGAAUCAUGAUAAAUGGACAAAAACGAAAUAUGUCGGAAUUUCGUAAAUUAUCCGCCUAUAUAAUGCAGGAUGAUAAUCUGCAACCAUUUUUAACAGUGCAAGAAGCUAUGUUCAUCGCUGCUGAUCUCAAACUAGAUUUAGAUCAUCAUCAGAAAUCGCAAAAGAUCGACAAAAUAUUAGUAGCGAUGGGUCUCGAUGAGUCUCGUUACAUGAUUACUGGCGUACUUAGCGGAGGACAAAGAAAAAGACUCGGCAUCGCACUUGAACUGAUCAACAAUCCACCAGUUAUGUUUUUUGAUGAACCUACGAGUGGUUUAGAUAGCACUUCUUCAAAGCAAUGUCUAGCACUUUUGAAGCAAUUAGCACAAGAAGGACGAACUAUAAUUUGUACGCUACAUCAGCCGAGUGCAAUCCUCUUCAACAUGUUGGAUCAUCUUUAUGUGAUUGCUAAUGGCAAUUGCGUUUACACAGGCAGCACGCAUAAUUUGGUGCCAUAUCUAAAUAGUAUAGGAUUUGUGUGUCCGACACAUUAUGAUCCUGUUGAUUUCUUGAUGGAGAUAUGCAAUGGCGAUUAUGGUCCCCACAUAUCCAAGUUAAUGGAAUUGAUCGAAAAUGGCAAAAGUAAUAAAUGGAGAUCGACGAAAACCGUUUAUUUGAACAAAAGACAAGAAACUAUUACCUCGCAACAGAUCGCUAAAAGAUCAUAUUCCUUCGAAAUAGAAUUCAAACGUACUUCAUAUUGUACAUAUGAUAAUUUUUGGAGGCAACUCUGUAUUCUUAUCAAAAGAAACGUAAUUAGAUUAUUUCGCGAUAAGGUAUUAAUGCUAACACGGAUAUCAAUGCAUUUGACAAUUGCUUUGAUUGUUGGUACAUUAUACUUUAAAAUUGGCCAAGACGCUGCUUAUGUUUUAGACAAUUAUAGUCUAUCAUAUUAUAAUAUUAUGUUUCUCACGUAUAGUGCAUUUAGUGCUACAAUGGUCACGAUUCCUUUGGAAUUACCGAUAUUAAAACGUGAGCACUUCAAUCGUUGGUACAAAUUACGAUCGUAUUAUUUAGCGGGCAAAGUGGCCGAUUUUCUGAUCCAACUUACUUCUACGUUUAUUUAUACAAUCAUAGUAUAUUACAUGAGUGGUCAGCUUCCUGAAAGCAGAAGAUUUGGAUUGUACAUGCUCAUGUGUUUCGUUAUCAGUCUAGUUGGUCAAACGAUUGGAUUCAUUAUAGGGUGUUCGCUAAAGAUCCAGAAUAGCGUAAUUUUUGGACCAUUUGCAAUUAUGCCGUUCGUUGUGCUCAGUGGUUUUUUUGUACAUACUAAAGACGUGAAUCCCUACUUUGUUUGGCUAUUUGACAUAUCAUUCUUCAAAUAUGCUUUCGAAGGAAUAUUAAUGGUGGUUUAUGGUGUUUGGCAAAAUGCUGAAAGCAAACGACACAACAAGAAUACUGGACAAUGACUGCAAGAUCCAUAUGCAAGAAUCGAAAAAAUUAUUGAAAUUCGACAAGUCGCAAAACUCGCAU